AGAUGUUGCCGCAAAUCAGUUGACUGCAUUUCGAUCGAACGAUCAACUCGUUACAGAAAUGUGGACUGUUCGAAUGGUUAUCACUGUUUUUACUAUUUAUGAAGUCGGUGUUUCGGAUGCAUUGUCAACGGGGUAUCUGAUGCUUGGAUCCAAUGUGAAAUAUGCUUUCAAUGACAGGACCCAUUUGCUCUCAAUUCCGCUUCAGACGGAAAAUGGAAACACUACCAUUUAUUUUAACCGUUCAUAUACGGUAAGUUACAAUAACUACUUAACACGGCCCGAGAGUAUCGACGUGGACUACGGUCGGAAGCAGCUGUACAUUUAUGACCGCUACACAGCGACUCUUCAAAAGCUAAAUUUUAAUCCCGAGAGCAGUAAUCCGAAUUUGACACUUACAUAUCUGCAUUCCGGACUUUCUAGAGGAGAAGUGAAGAUAGCUUUGGAUUGGAUCUCAAACAACCUGUACUGGACAGAUCCAACAUUUAGAACGGUUAUAGUGCAGUCAUUACGAAAUGAUGGGAAUUACAAAAUUCUCGUUUUCGAUAACGUCGAGAAACCUACUGGAAUUGCCGUCGAUCCGAUUCACCAAUACUUAUUUUGGAGCGAUGUUGGGUCAUUGCCGAAGAUCGAGCGUUCCACUCUUACCGGGAGCAGCCGUAAAACCAUAGUGUCCCAGGGCAUAGCCUAUCCAAUAGCUUUGGAUGUGGAUAUUCUAUCAUCAAAGCUUUACUGGGUUGACAGUUACCGUGACUCUGUGGAGCGAUCAAAUUUAGAUGGUACAGAUCGAGUGAUGAUUAAAAGAUUGGCGCACUCGACAUUUCUGGACAUACAAGUCUUUUCCGACGUUAUUUUAACAACAGAUAUUGACAUCAACUUAGGCGGAUUAGUGCGUCUAUUUAACAAGGACACCGGCGUAGAUGACAAAGGCAACACAAUUGUCCGAUCAGCUAAAAUGGAUUUUCUCAUUACCUGCGUAACUUUGUAUGCACCGCAACCUACGACGACAGAUCACUGUGCAAGCAGUCCCUGUGAGAACAUAUGUGUGAGCGAAUCUACAAGACCCGUGUGUCUGUGUGCGGAGGGUUUUGCGUUGAAUAUAGAUGGACGCACCUGUUCUGAGACUACUGGUUUCCUUCAUCGUGCAUUAGUCUGGGCUACAACAACAACUUUAUGUGCUGCAGAUAUUCGAGGGAUUCACGACGAAAGUGAAUACAUAACGUCUAACAAGACCUGUUUCUCUAAUGUUGGAUCAAACAUAAAUUGGAUAACAGUCGAUUCUCACGAUCGAAAAAUAAUCUUUGCGGACGGCAGUGACAUAUUUGCGAUGACAUUGGAUGGAGUUCAUACAAAGCAACGUAUCACAUCAGCAACGGAAACCGUGACUGGCCUCGCAGUAGAUUAGGUUGACAAGAACGUUUAUUGGUGCCAAGGACAACCAUCUGGAACUGGGAAAAUAAAUGUUUUCUCUCAAACAACUACAAACACACAUACGGUUAUUUCAAGUGGAUUGGAUAACCCAAAGGCUCUUAAUAUUAUUCCGUUACCAAGCACAAUGAUAUGGAUAAAUGGGAGAUUAGGAAGCUAUCAGAUCAAGAAGGCUCAUGUCAAUGGAAACGAUAUUCAGACGAUUGUAAGCUUUAUGGACUUGUCAGAACCUCGAGACCUUACUGUUGAUAUAGCUUCCCAAAGACUGUAUUUUAUUGACGGAAAUGCUUUAAAAUCAGUGCAGUUAGAUGGAACUAAGCUGACAGCAGUAGACGGUGGGGUUGCUAACUCUAUUCUGCCUCUAAAACUUCAUUCAUACAAGAAUCACCUUCUUGUGGCUGACGCAGGCAUCAAUAUUGAUGUUGUUUCUCUGACAAAUACAGGAAGCGCAACUUACACCCUUAAUACUCUUGCAUCAGUUACUGAUAUUUGUGUUGUUGAUAUCACCGAACAGCCAAAACAGAACGGUCCUUGCAAUGCUAAUAAUGGAAACUGUGAGCACAUUUGUAUUCCACUUGGUAUAUACAGAGAAUGUCAAUGUAGCUAUGGUUUCAUUCUUGAUAGCAACAAGGAAACGUGUUCAUCAGAACCACUGUCGGACAAUUUUAUGUAUGUUUCGGAUUGGACCCAUGAUAAAGUAUAUCAAGUUUCUCUAAUAAAUGACGCUGUAAACGCCCUUGAUAGUUCGACCGUCGAUGCCCCUACUGGAGUACUUUAUAAUUCAAUAACGAACAGAAUCUAUUGGGGUGAUACCACAUCGAAUUAUAUUCAGUCUGCAAAUGUCAACGGUGCGGGAUAUUCCGUGUUAAUUGAUGUUGGGGCGUAUCGUGCACACCCCGACCGGCUGGCUAUUGACGACAGUACGGGAAACAUUUACUACACUGCUGUGAACACGAGUCAGUUGCCAGCAAGUUUCACUGGAAUCGGAAUUGUGUCUCCUAAUGGACAUCAUAGAAAAUUGAUCUCGGAAGGUGUAAGUCCGAGAGCAGUUGAAAUUGACCCAAGCAAAGGAUUUCUGUUUUGGACCGACUUUGGUACAACACCUGCAGUAUUAAAACGCGCCCACACAGACGGCACCAACAUUGUUAAAUUGUAUUCAGCAAUGGUAUGGCCUAACGGGAUUGCCAUUGACAGAUCGGCAAGCGCAUUAUACGUUACCGAUGGCUAUACAAACAUAAUCUACCGCUGUGGGUAUGAGGCGAACACGUGUGUUCAGUACUUUAGUGACCCUGGAUCUCAUCUCAUGGACAUUAAGCUUCUCGGCAACUAUCUCUAUUACACUGCUUGGAAUAAAUUGUACAUAACUAAAUUGCACAAAACUAACUCAAGCGACAUCGGUAAGUUCGCAAACAAUGCAGAACUCGGCAGAUUGGAUUCCAUUUCUUUGUACUCUUCAACCUUUCUCCCAACAAAUUUCCAGUCGCAAUGCAGCAAUAACAAUGGACGAGGAAACUGCAGCACGUUCUGUCACCCAACACCGAACAACUUCACGUGUGGAUGUCCGGACGGAGAGCAACUGCUUCCGGAUCGAAAAACUUGCCCUAAUGGUAUGACGUAA